UGCUUUCUCUCAGGUUUGAUGGAAAGAAUUAGAGCAACUUCUAAGAUGAGCUUUAUUAAUGGAGGCUUAUCUCAGAAAACAGUCAUCGGCUGCAACAACAACAAUAAUUACUUCAUUCCUCCCUCUGAUCAUCACCACCACCACCAUUUUCUUGCUCGUUGCACUGUUCUUGAUGAUUCUUCUGAGCUCAGUAUUUUUGACGCCAAGAAGUAUUUCAAUGAAGUUUCCUCCAAUUGUAUCAACAAAGUUUCUCCCGUGACGAGCCUCGACUCGACUUCGAUUUCCGAGGAUCAUCUAUGUGAGGUUCGAGAUUCUGACCAGGAUUCGGAAUCUAGAUCCAAGUCCUCUUGGGCGUGUGGAGUUACGCAUCCAGUGUCUCCUACUGUGGUUUCUAAAUUCUCUCCUACUUCGACUUCUGCUCCGGUUGAUGGGUACCGUCAUCGGAGCUACCAUGCUCGAUCUUUCCACUCCGCGACGCCUACGGCUUCCUCAGAGGCUAGUUGGAAUAGCCAGACGGGGUUGUUGUCCAACCCUCCUGGAGCGAUUUCGGUGUCGGUCUUGCGGGG